UAGUUCAUUAUGUCAGCUGGUUCGGGAUCGUUAGCAGUGCUAAACGAUUGCUCUUCGGUAUUAAUAAAGUAAACAAGUGAGAUGCCGGUUGAACUCAGAUCUGUAAGCACUAGGCGCGACCACGUACCCAGUCAUUGCGAUACGGGUACUUCUUGCGCUAUCACAAUACAAAUGCCUAAUCCAGAAGCGGUGGGCUGCGUCGAGAGAUUCGCCACUCUGGUGUCAUUUCUGCUGGUCAUCAUCACAUUUCCCUUCUCCCUUUUUGAGUGUUUUAAGGUAGUACAAGAAUUCGAGCGAGCAGUGAUAUUCCGCCUGGGCAGGCUUCGGAAAGGAGGCGCGAGAGGACCUGGCCUCUUCUUCGUGCUGCCAUGUAUCGACACCUACAGGAAAGUAGACCUCAGGACCGUCUCCUUCGACGUGCCACCCCAAGAGGUGCUGACGAGGGAUUCGGUGACAGUAGCGGUAGAUGCCGUCGUGUACUACAGAAUCAAGGAACCCCUGAAUGCAGUAGUGCGGGUGGCAGACUAUAGUGCAUCCACCAGACUCCUGGCUGCGACGACCCUUCGGAACGUGCUGGGCAUGCGAGACCUGGCACAGCUGUUGUCGGAUCGGGAGGCCAUCAGCCACAUGAUGCAGGCCAACUUGGAUGAGGCCACUGACCCGUGGGGAGUUGAAGUCGAAAGAGUUGAGAUAAAAGAUGUCCGGCUACCAGUUCAACUUCAAAGGGCCAUGGCAGCUGAGGCCGAGGCCGACCGCGAGGCCCGUGCCAAGAUCAUAGCAGCUGAAGGAGAGAUCAAGGCUUCAAAGGCCUUAAGAGAAGCAUCUCUGGUCAUGAUUGACAACCCUAUGGCUUUGCAGUUACGAUACCUACAGUCGCUCAACACGAUAUCAGCCGAGAAGAACUCUACCAUAAUAUUUCCGUUUCCGAUGGACUUCCUCAAGACUUUCCUGGGCGGCGGCGCCGGCCCAAGCACCUCGCAUGCUUUACCUAUUUAAUUUAUUUUUAACUAGUUUUACAAAUAGUAAAAAAUUAAACACAUAUCUUGCAA